AUGGCGCAGUUUUUCCCUGCCAUGCUGUCCAUCCUCUGCCUCUACGCCACGAGAGCGGCGGCAGAUGGAGGUGAGUUUAGAAUGGAAAGUGACGAAGAGAUUGGCAUCCACAAGAGUAUCCUCGAGGCUGCUCAGAGGGGAGAUGUCACAGCGCAGUCCUUGCUGGGACAGGACUACUUCUAUGGAGUCCAUGGGGUGGCAAAGGAUACCCACCUGGGACUUCACUGGGCCACCAAAGCAGCGGAUGCCGAUGACAGGGAUUCGCAAGAGUUGCUGGCCACCGCAUUUGGUCGUGGGCAUCCAGACGUGCCAGCAGAUGCAGGUCGUGCCGUGGAGUAUGGAACCAAAGCCGCUGAGCAGGGCAGUGUGAAGUCCGCCGAGCUGCUCGGGAAGUUGUUCUACAACGGCACAGGUCUGGAAUUUUUGUCACAAGAAGAGCGAAUGCAGAAGUCAUUCAAGUGGUUUCAGCGCGCCGCCAAAGAUGGAUCUCUGGGCGCCAUGAACGACCUCGGAGACAUGUACCGCUUGGGGCAGGGAACCAAGAAGGACUACUCCGAGGCCAUCCGUUGGUAUCAGAAAGUGGUUGCCGACAUGUCCCAUGUCCUCGCGGCGGAUCCCACUUUACCUUCGGCCGGCUGGAACCGUACGGCGGUGGCUCGAGCCUUCAACAGCCUGGGUGCCAUGUACGCCUCGGGUUGGGGCACCGAAAAAAGCAAGCAUAGGGCAGUGGAGUAUUUGGAGCAGGCGGCAGCCCUGGGUCAUCCCCAUGCGGCCCGGAAUUUGAAGAGUUUGGGGGCUGCUAAGGAAGAGGAGCUUUAG